UAAUUCUGGAAUUUAUACUCGUAGUUUCGCAGCUAAAAUGGAGCAUGACGAAAGCCAUGUGCCAUUGCUACCACCGAAGGAGUCUGAGCCUAACCCUAAGCUCCAGGACACCGACGUUGACAGCUAUGGAGCAAAGGCCCAGGGCUUUUUGGUUGGAUUCUGGCCUGAAGCGAAGCGCGUCCUCUCCCUAGCGCUACCCAUCUCCCUCAGUGAGGUCGUCUCCUACUUCGCCUACCUCAUCACCACCGCGCAGGUUGGCUACCUGGGUGCGCUGGAGCUGUCCGCCAUCACCCUGGCCCGCAGCGUGUACCACAUCACCGGGCUCUCACUUGUUGUGGGCAUGUCCAGCGGCGUGGAGACCUUCUGCGGCCAGGCCUUCGGCGCCGCUCACUUCGGCGUGCUGGGGCUGGUGCUGCAGCGGGCGGCGCUGCUGUGCCUGGCCACCUGCGUGGGGCCGUGGGUGCUGUGGGGGCGGGGCGCGGAGCAGCUCAUGAGGGCGAUGGGCCAGCAGCCCGAGGUGGUGGUCCCCGCCGCCCGCUUCCUGCGCCUGCUGGGCCCCUCCCUGGCGGCCUGGGGGCUGUGCGCCUGCAUCAAGAGCUACCUCACCAGCCAGGGUGUAGUGAAGCCGCUGACGGUGGUUGCUUUCACCUACACCGCCCUCACGCCGCUGGUCAACCACCUCUUCAUGUUCCAGCUGCGCAUGGGCAUGAUGGGGGCUGCGGUGGCGUACAAUGUACUGCAGGUGUUCGAGUUGUUGCUGCUGGUGUGCUCCAUGGUGUGGUUGCACGUGCGGCGGCAGGGGCCGGGGCGGCACACGUGGCGGGGCUUCAGCACGCAGGCGUUCAGGGGGUGGGGGACAUACCUCAAGGUCGCGCUCCCCUCCGCCGCCGCCAUCUGUUUCGACUGGUGGACCUACGAGGCGGUCAUCCUGAUCGCGGGUCUGCUGCCGGACGCGCACGUGCAGCUGGGGGCCAUGGGGCUGGCCUUCAACACGCACGGGCUGCUGUUCAUGGUGGUGGGGGGCUUCAGUUCGGCGGCUAGCACCCGAGUGGCGAAUGAGCUGGGUGCGGGUCGCGGUGGUGCCGCCCGGCAUGCGCUGUGUGUGGUGCUGGCGCUGGGGGCACUUGCGCCGCUGGCCGCCUCGGGGGGCCUGCUGGCGGCCCCGGCUGCAUGGGCGCGACUCUACACUCCUGACACCGGGAUCAUUCGGCUGGUGUGUCGGCUGAUGCCGGUGCUGACGCUGUCCAACGUUGCGGACUCCGUUGCCACGGUGUGCAGCGGGGCUCUGCGGGGCAGCGGGCGGCAGGGGCUGGCUUUCGCAACCAACCUGGUGGUGUACUGGCUGCUGGGCCUGCCCUGCGCUGCGCUGCUGGCGCUGCGGUACCGCAUGGACGCCAUGGGGCUAUGGGUGGCAAUGGCGGGGGCGGCAGCGCUGCAGGCCCUCAUCCUGUUGGGCUGCCUGCUGCGUUUCGACUGGCCGGCUGAGACACGCCGCGCGCUGAGGCGGGUGGCGGAGUCGGAGGGCGCGGCGCAGGCAGCUGCUGCCGCGGCCGCAGCUGCAGGGUCAGGAGCAACAACAGCGGUGGGUGGGGCCUUGCCGGCGACGGCGGAUGCGGCGGAGGAGCCGGCAGCGGAGGAUGAGGAGGCUGCGAUGCCUCCACCGCCGCCGCCGCCGCUGCACGGGGGCCUGGACAGCCGACAUGGGGUGCAUGAGCCGCUGCUGACGGCGGAGCACGUGAUGUGAUGUGAUGUGACGUGAAGGAGGAGAAGGCUGGAGAGAGAGGGCUGGAAAGAGAGGGCUGGAAAGAGGGCUGGAAGCAGGGCUCAAAUGUAAUAUGUUAUGAUGGUAACAUAAACGGUAAACGAUGGGGGCGUGGGAGACCGCGCGCGAUGAGGAAGUGGAGGACGGGGGUGGUCCAGGACGAACCUAUGGAUGUGCGCUUAAUAGUUUCGGACCAGGAUUCGGACCAGAACCAGUAGGAGCGUGAGCGCCGACUGGAGGUGCCGCAGAAUUAAUUAUUUAGGGCGUGCCCUAUUGAGGUGCAAGGUGUUAUGAAGGCCCUUGGCGUAGCUCCUUUUGGGAGGCAAGGUAGGGCCAUUUGCCGGGUUUCGUAAGCACGUUGCGCGUUGCAAACCGCGGUUGAGUAAAGUUGUUUCUGGUUGAUGUGUAUACUUAUACCGAUGAGCGUGUGCGGGUGCGGGUGCCCCGAUCUCCCGUGCAACUGCACGCUUCUGUACAAUAGUGCCGUACAUGAUUCCAUAGUGGAUGUAGUUUCAACAAUGAGAGGCGCAUAAUUAGCCACUCCUUGCACGGAGGAGCUGAAGAAGCGUUUGUGAGGUGUGCGAAGCAUUGCAGCAGGGGUUUGUAUUGUUGGCAGCGGGUAUGGUGGUUCUUCUGAACUGCUGCUCGCAGCGUCUGGUUGCAGGUGCAUAGUUGCUGUUGCCAAUCCUUUUUGUUGACCUAGGUCACAGGCUAUUAGGGUUAUUACGGGUAGGAUCCAUGUCUUUCAUGAAGCCUAAGACAGCUAGCUGGUUCUGCUUAGCUGGAUCUGUUCAAGGGCGUGUAUAAUGUUGGUGCAUAAGGACCGCUUAACUAAGGAUACCCGUCGGUUUGUGACACGUGGUGAACCGUCUGCAACAGUGUAUGGGUUGGGGUUACAGGUGCCGUAUCCUCAACUAGCUUGCGGCACGGGUUUUAGCAUCGACGGUUUAAGGUGUCAGUCAGUUUUUGUCCUCAUCCUCAUGCGUCCUCAGACCACG